UUCACCAGAUGAGGAAGGUCGCGCGUCACACCAACAUCGUUUGGUUUUCAUCUCAUUAUAUCAGUUUGUGAAAUUAUUUAGACCUCAAGUUGAUUGAUUUCUGUUCUUCCUUUACGUUUUAUAGAAGCGUAAUUUGUGAUUUCUUGAGACAAAGGUAAUCAACCAUCCAGCUCGUUCCUCUAUCAUUGGACAAUUUGACUCCGGAUAAUCUCGGAACCUCGGUAUCACGUUCAUCUAUAGCCAGUUUCAUUAUUUAUCGAUAAUUGUUUUCACUGAUCAGAAUCGGAGAUGGCGACAUCUCCUACGCCAUCUAGCUCGAUUCCACCAUCAGGUCAAAGUGGUGCAAGUGUUAGCGCUGGGCAUUCCGACAUUGGCAAUACACUAUUUGUCAGUAAAGAUGUAUCAUUGACCUUAAGUUCUGAGUCCUUAUUUAUCAAAGGUAUGUAAGCCUCUUUCAUGUAUAAUGUGUAUACUAAAGAGUCAUAGGAGCAGGUCCUCGUCGUUCUAUGACACUAGAUGCAUCCGCCUCUUCGGAUCCUGUGGGCUCUUCAACUUCACGUGCAAUACCUUUACGUCAUAUUCUUUGGGCAGAGUUGAUUGAGAAAGAACUCAUCAUAAAUUACGCAAAGGAGCUUUCAAAAACUAUUCUUCAACCAGCAGUACUGAAGUAUGUUAUCGAAGAGGAACGAGAUCGAGUGGAAGCAUGGAUUUCUAGCCUUAAGGAUCGAGCAUAUGGUCAAUCCCAACAACAGAAACGAGUUAAAGUAUUGAUUAAUCCAAAGAGUGGAAAAGGGCAAUCGGAGAAGAUUUAUGCAAAAGAUGUUGCGCCAAUUCUUGAUGCUGCCCAUCUAAUAAUUGAUGUGACAGUAACCAAAGCCACAAAGGAAGCCAUAGAUAUUGUGGAAAAGCUUGAUAUUGAAGCUUACGAUGUGAUAAUUUGUUGUUCUGGAGAUGGACUUCCAUUCGAGGUUUUCAAUGGUCUUGGAAAACGUAAAGAUGCAAAGAGAGCUCUUUCGAAAAUGGCUAUUGCGCAUAUUCCUUGUGGGUCGGGAAAUGGGUUACAUUGCAGUCUUCAUGGUAAUAUUAGAUCUGCCAGUAUUGCAGCUCUUUCUAUAGUCAAAGGUAUUCGUACGCCAUUAGACUUAAUUUCAGUCACGCAGGGCGAAGAAAGACAUUUAUCGUUCCUCUCCCAAGCCCUUGGUAUUGUGGCCGAAUUUGAUCUGGGAACAGAACAUUUGCGAUGGAUGGGAGGAACAAGAUUCAUCUAUGGUUUUGUUUUGAAAUCUCUUCAAAAGAAAAUUUACCCUUGUGACAUUGCUGUCAAGGUGGUUACAGAUGAUAAAGAAGACAUAAAGAGACGUUAUCAUGAAGCUAUGCAGCUUGGGGGUACAUCUGAAGAAGUUUUACGAGAAAAUGGUUCAUUAGAGGGUGGCUUACCGGAAUUGAAGUUUGGAACUUCAACCGAUCCAUUACCUCAAGACUGGAAAGUCGAAGAACACGAUAACAUGGGAAGUUUUUAUUGUGGUAAUGUAAGUAUUAUAAAGUAGAAUUGCCUUCUGAUGGUACAAAGUGAGCUAAUUUAUGUUUUAGAUGUCUUGGAUGGGAGCAGAUGUGGAUUAUUUUCCAGCUGCACUUCCAAGUGAUGGUUGUAUGGAUAUGGUCACCAUCGAUUAUUCUAAUCUCAGUCGGCUCCAAGCAUUACAACUUUUUCCCGCUGUCGAAAGUGGUAAAUUCUUUGGCCUUCCAUAUGUCAACUAUCGGAAAGUCGAAGCAUACCGGAUCACUCCGAAGAAUCAACCCGAUGGUUAUAUAUCCAUUGAUGGAGAGCGAAUACCAUUUGCACCAUUUCAAGCUGAAGUGCAUCGUGGUUUGGGUACGGUACUAUCAGUAUCAGGUUAUAAAUAUGAGACUCCUGGUCCUAAGUAAUGAAUCAAACUUGGAAGUGUUCGGGAACCUUUUGAAGAAUGGGGGGCGGUUUAAUAUGACGCGUGGAUAAUAUUUUUAACGCAGUUACUAGCUUGUGUCAUGUGCCUCUUGUACAUUCAUUUAUGGAAGUUAGAUGGGCUUUGUUAACAUGAUUAAAUGGAUGGAUUUUAAAGUUUUUGCUGUGGCUGGCAGCAACUCACGACGGGCCAUACCGAAUAAACUGGAGAUAUCCGGACUCUUGGUAUUUUGUUAAAAUCGAUGGUCGGAUGAUUAUUAGGCCAUUUCCGUAGGUAGCUUUAUUGAUUGAAUGUUUUAUUACAACUA